AUGAAUUUGUCUUUGUUUUACCCCAAAAAAGACCAAUGCGACACCUGCUGUAGUCACAAAGCUGGUAAUGUUAGUGACACAGAUUAUCAACUACAUUUAAUCAGGAAAACAGAAGCACAGAGUCAGAAAGAUAAGGAAAAAACUGAAACUGACGCUUCCGUUGAAGUUUUUACUAUGGACAUGCAAUCUGUUCUGCUUUGUCCGUAUUUAAAGGCAUCGGCUCUGUACUAUAAAAUGAAACUCAAAGUGCAUAACUUCACAAUAUACAAUCUCAAAUCCAAAGAGGGGUUUUGUUUCCUUUGGGAUGAAUCAGAAGGUGGUUUAACAGCCGAUGAAUUUUCAAGCAUCUUAGUUGAUUUUCUAAAUAACAAUAUUGAUACGGCAGUAACUAGACAAGUGAUAAUAUACAGUGAUGGAUGUACAUAUCAGAAUAGGAACUCUAUUCUUUCUAAUGCACUUCUAUUCGUAGCCGCUAAGACAGGUUUGGUCAUAUUUCAAAAAUACCUCGAGAAGGGUCAUACCCAGAUGGAAUGUGAUGCAAUGCAUUCCACAAUUGAACGUCAGACAAAAAAUCGCGAGAUAUAUUCUCCAGCAGGCUAUGUCGAAGCCUGUAAGACUGCUCGAAUUAAUCCUCGACCCUACACUGUUAUUCAGUUAGACCACACAGCCUUCAGAAAAUACAGCACACAGCCAUAUUUCUCAUCGAUAAGACCAGGUAAGACGGCUGGCGACCCACAAGUGACAGACAUACGUUGUCUUAUGUAUGAGCCAGAAGGUUCAAUAAAGUUUAAACUUAGUUAUUCAGAAGAAUAUCAAUUACUACCACGGAGGAUGAUACGUCAACCAAAUAGUACUGAUUGCUUUCAACAGCUAUAUUAUGCAAAAUUACCUAUAACUAAGAUAAAAUACAGUCACCUGCAAGAAUUAAAAUGUGUGAUUCCUCGAGAUUUGCAUUCAUUUUAUGAUAACUUACCUCAUUUGUAA